GUAAACAGGAUUAAUAUGGAUGGAUAUGUGGGGAAUCUCUCCAGGGAUGUGACGGAAGCCCUAAUUCUUCAACUUUUCAGUCAAAUCGGACCAUGCAAAAGCUGCAAGAUGAUUGUUGAGACUGGCAAUGACCCUUAUUGCUUUGUGGAAUUCUAUGAGCAUCGGCAUGCAGCAGCAGCAUUAGCAGCUAUGAACGGACGUAAAAUUAUGGGUAAGGAAGUUAAAGUGAACUGGGCAACAACUCCAAGUAGUCAGAAGAAAGACACAAGUACUUUCAUCAACUCAACAGAUCAUUUCCACGUAUUUGUUGGUGACUUGAGUCCAGAAAUUACCACAGAAGAUAUUAAAGCAGCGUUUGCACCAUUUGGAAGAAUAUCUGAUGCUAGAGUGGUUAAAGAUUUGGCGACAGGAAAAUCCAAAGGGUAUGGUUUUGUAUCCUUCUAUAAUAAGUGGGAUGCUGAGAAUGCCAUUCAACAGAUGGGUGGGCAGUGGCUUGGAGGAAGGCAGAUCCGAACAAAUUGGGCAACUCGCAAGCCUCCAGCACCAAAGACUACAUCAGAACCAAAUACCAAACAGCUGUCCUAUGAAGAAGUUGUCAAUCAAUCCAGUCCUAGCAACUGCACAGUUUAUUGUGGUGGCAUAGCCGUUGGACUGACAGAGCAACUCAUGCGCCAGACAUUUUCGCCCUUUGGACAAAUCAUGGAAAUCAGAGUGUUUCCUGAGAAAGGAUAUUCAUUUGUACGUUUUUCAUCGCAUGAAAGUGCUGCACAUGCGAUCGUCUCAGUCAAUGGAACUACCAUAGAAGGGCACAUUGUCAAAUGUUACUGGGGCAAAGAAACACCCGAUGGCAUGGGACAGUUCCAACAACAAAAUCAAAUGAGCUAUCCUCAACCUUGGAGCCAGUUUGGCCAGUGGUAUGGAAACACUCAACAGUUUGGGCAGUAUAUGCCUAAUGGCUGGCAAAUGCCACCUUAUGGAGUUUAUGGACAAACCUGGAAUCAACAAGGAUUCAGAAUGGAUCAGACACCGCCCACUGCUACGUGGAUGGGUGCUAACUACGGAGUGCAGCCUCCACAAGGUCAAAGUCCCAGUGUGAUAACCAACCAAGCAGGAUUUGGCAUGGCAGGCUACCAAACCCAGUGAGCAGAAAGGACUCUCUCUUCCUACCUUUAGCCAGUGGUUUCCUGCCACAGCGGACACGUCAAGCCUUUGUUUACUUAAAUAAUUUUUUUUCAAAGCCAGAUCAAUGAAAGAUGUCAACUGCAUUGUAUUUAUUUUAAAAGGAAAGUAAUUCAUUUUUAGAAAUCAUGGAAAUCUGUCUCAAUCGAGCUUCUGUCUAAAGAUGCUGGAUGCCUGCCAAUUUUUGUGUCCAGUGUUUUAAAAAAAAAAAAAUUACAAUCUAUUUCCUAUAGCCAUCGGAAUGAAUACAUAAAAGCAGGGAUUUCUACAUAAUGCUGCCACUUUUAUAAAAUGAGGCAGAUAAAUUGCAUAAUAUUAGAUGCUGUGUUUCUAUACAGACACUGGGCAGUUUAGUUUUGCAUUCCACAAAUUUGAUUUCAAACUGUAAAAUUAAAUAAUCCUGUUUUCCACAUUUUUAUUGUACAAGGCCAUACUUUGUAAAUGUAGGAGGUGUUCAAAGAUAUUAUGAUCCAUCAGAACAUGAUAAACUAGAGUCCCUUGAGCUCUCAGCAUGUACACAGCAUAGUUUAAAGCAAUGAAAUACUAUAGUGAGAUGUUUAUUUAUGUGUUCUUUUGUUAUUUUGAAGUAGUGUUUUAAUCAUUUAAUUAAAGAAACCAAGUAUAAAACAUAGUGGUGAGAUAGCGAAAGCACUUCUGGGUAUUGACCUGGAUAUGGGCUGCUCUAAUAUCUCUGAAGCAUCCAUCUUCUGGGAACAUUAUUCCCUGAUCUCAACAGUGCAAAUAACCACAGUGUUACACUUGACACUGCACGGCAUUUUCCUCAGGCGUUGGUUAAAACUGAAAUUUCCAGAUGUGAAGGCGAGCAUAUCGGCUCACUCCCAAAAUCUGAAUAUGAGUUUCCAUUUUUAAAUAAUACACGUUCAUUUUUAAAAAAAUAUUGCAGCCAUUGGUAAAAUAAAACUAGCACCAUUUCUGCCAAGUUGUGUUUGAUUGAAGGUGGCGGGUGCACAGGGACCCAGGACGAGGAAAAUCCUGGUGCACUCAGAAAUGUGGUUGUUACCAGUUCCCCCCCCCCAUGUAGAUUAAAAUAUUCACAACCUCCACCGUUAACACAUGGCAAUUCUACUUUUGUUUUCUCUUGGUGUGUUUUUACUGAUUUCAAGAGGCUGACGGUAGGAAUCAUUUCACUGUCGUGCGUGACGACUGGCAUGUUGCAAACACUUCAGGCAGUUGUCGCUGCAGUGUCUUGAGGCUACAUUUUAUUACUGGAGUUCGUUCUGCAUCUUCCCCUAAAAACCAUUGCACAUGAAUGGUAAUUGGGAGAGAUGGGGAAGGGGGUGAGGGUGGGGGGCAAUGUUGUUGUGGGAGGUCAAAUUUAAAUAUUGUCAGUGAUAUGCCAGUAUGGCAAUUGCACCACUGGCUUCUUCACCUGGUAGUUGUGGGUUCUGUUCCAUGGGCAGGGAUGCCCACACCAUGCAACAAGCCCAUCUGCCACAGUUGAUAUGUUUUGUCGGUUCUUGGCUAAGUCACUAUUUGAAGCACCUCAGAAAAAAAUAAGUAAUUUUUAAAAAGAUAAAAUCUCUUGACGUGUCUCUUCGGAGGGUGUUCAGAAUGUAGUAUAUUCUAGUGUAAAUGAUCAACUAUGGUCGCAAUAUUGAUUACAUAUGCAUAAGAGGUACUGUAAAUGUAUUUUAUUGCAUAUCAGUUGUACAUUGGUUUUUAAAUGCUCUUUCCUAGGUUUCCGGGGGAAAAUGUGUGUUUUCCACCAAUUGUCUCCCAGGCAGCACAAUGUCCUGGAAGGCCUUCCAGUUGAAAUUUUCUGCAGUCACCAAACUGAGAGACUGCCAACCUCACAAGCUUUCUUCAAUAUCGUCUUAAUGUGAUUGUCACGUUUGCCUGGGCUUCUGGAUCAAAUAAGGCUGUGCCAAUUCUACUGAUGUGAACAUUCUAAUUGAUGAAACUAGAGACAACUGACUUGUCAAUAAAUCAAUUGGUACAUGGCUGGUUGGUGCAGUGUACAUACAGGAUCUGGUAAUUCUGAUCCUCGUCGGUAGAAUACAAAUGGUUGCCGCAUUAAAUCGAAUGUGAAAAUGUUUCCUCUUUAAAAUAUGUUCACAUAACAACUUGCCUGUGUAUUGGUUGGACAGAAAUAGUAACUGGGCUGUCAGUGACAUGCCCCAAGAUGAUAUGUUUGCAAAUUUUUGCCAGAAUAAUUGUAUGUACCUUUAAAUGUGUUAAUGAUUUUUUAAAUCUGUUGGAAUUGCAAGUUUUUUUUCUAAUAUAGCAUUUAGUUAUCAAAAUGCAAAGCUUGUUGGCACAGCCCCAGGAGUUCAAGUAAAUUGUUGUUGGAGUGGUGUGAUACACUGCAGAUUAACCAUACAGAACUGCUGGAUCAUUUUAUUUUUAAAAUCCUAAUUUAGAAAGCGCUGGAAACUGUAUUCGUUUUUGUUAACAUACAAGGGCUGGCACUUGAAAAAUACAAAGUCAAAUUCUGUUAAUCCUAUGCUUUCAUUUGGUUAAAUUUUUGAUGUGGAACUUUUAACUACUUCUGUCUUUACCUGUAUUAAAGUUAAUUGAAUGUUGAAGCAGUUGAAACAAAUCGAACAAAGAUCUUUCCAACGUGUUAGAAAUUUUUCAAUUUCAUGUGCUCAUUCAGGUCCUUCCUCAGCCCACAUGCCCACCCCCCCCCCCCCCCCCCCCCCCCCCCCCCCUUUUCUCUCCACUUGCAAUGGUCCCAUCUGCCAAGGAAUGCAGGAAGUGGUACUGAUCAUGGGAUGGGACUUUUUUUUUUGUCUGCACCUUUUGCAGAUUUAAUGCUGUAUUCUGGGAGGGGGGUGGGGCGGUGAGAAUUGUCGAAUAUUUGUGUCCAGCAGCUUCCCUGGUUAUCAUUGGAAUGGGUGACAGACUAACGUGUAGCUACAGACACGGUGGAAUGAGCAGCAGAUGGGUAAGCGGGUUAUCAGAUCGAAGUUGAGAAUAAAUGCAGGCUAAACAGGCCACAAAGGGAUUCUGUUUAAACUACAUCAGCAUUAAAAUAAAAACUUCACCUCAGGGGAUAUCUAUUCCAGGCAAAAAUCACAUGAACUAGGUUUGUGAAGGACCAAUUGACUUGCAUUUGGGUUUGUUAACUGCACGGCCUUGUUGGUAUUAAAAAUGUAGCAGUUAUUAAUGGUCAAUAAAUAAAACGGCCAUUGGGCCAUCGUAUUGAACUGUA